AUGGCGUCUGGAGGAGACCAUAAUUCCCCGCGCCGCAGAAUACGCCCUAUUGAUACAAUGGGAGCCGAAUGCGCAGCCGCCAGAAACUGGCACCGGUCUCCCGAGCAUGCGCCGUGGCGGGCUGCGGGGAGCCGGGGCAGCGGCGGGCGGAGGCCGAGCGAAGGUUCCGCGGAACACGGCGGCCGGUGGGAUCGCAGCACCGAGGCCCGAGGAGCAGCGCCCGGCUGGCGGCAGAAUCGGUGCGGGCUCCGGAAACACCGCGGGCCGCCCGCGCUGCGACACCGGAUUGAUUCCUGGGAAUGGGUAUCAGUGAUGGAGGGUUCACGGACAGGAAGCUCAGACCAAACAACAGGUUAUGAUCCGCCGGGGUCGCCCGACCCACAGGGAUCCGCACCUUUGGACGCGGGGGCAGAAGGCUCCGUCCUCAGCGGGGAGAAACGGUUCCCGUGUUCCGAGUGUGGCCGGGGCUUCAGCCGAGCAUCUCUUCUGUCGAGGCACCGAUGCAGACUCAGCGGGGAGAAGCCGUGGAAAUGCGGGGACUGCGGGAAGGGCUUUAGUUACCCGUCUCAGCUGGAGAUCCACCGCCGCAGUCACACCAGAGAGAAACCGUUCAUCUGUUCCAUGUGCGGACAGGGGUUCUAUUGUUUGUCCAACCUCAUCACGCACCAGCGAUUUCACACCGGGGAGAGGCCGUUCACCUGCUCGGAGUGCGGGAAGGGGUUCAGUCAACCAUCCAACCUGCUGAGACACCAGCGAUUUCACACCGGGGAGAGGCCGUUCACCUGCUCGGAGUGCGGGAAGGGGUUCACUCAACCGAGCUCCUUGCUGACGCACCAGCGGGUUCACACGGGGGAGAGGCCGUUCGUCUGCUCAGAGUGCGGGAAGGGGUUUACUUUGUCUUCCCAGCUGGUGAGACACCAGCAAGUCCACACCGGGGAGAGGCCGUUCACCUGCUCCGAGUGCGGGAAGGGGUUCACCCAGUCGUCCUCCCUGCUGACCCACCAGCGAGUCCACACCGGGGAGAGACCGUUCACCUGCUCCGAGUGCGGGAAGGGAUUUGCUCAGUUAUCCAACCUGGUGACGCACCAGCGGGUUCACACCGGGGAGAGGCCCUACAUCUGCUCCGUGUGCGGGAAGCGAUUCACCUACUCAUCCAACCUGUGGAAGCACCAGCGGAUUCACAAGUGACUGCAGGUCCUGCUCCCUUCUGCCAAUGGCAACGACUUCCCUUCCUCCACUGUCGGGCCACUUUGAUCAGGGGGUCAUCCGUGUCCACCUGAGAGAACACACGGCUCCCAGCUUAACAUCUCGUCAGGACAAGGUUCCCUCCUCCAAGCACCGGAACAUCCGGUUGGAUUCUUGUGUCCGAGUCUCGGGAACUGGACAGGAAGUGUCAAUCUUGUGCCCCAGAGGUGAGAGUGCAGCCUCCGAGUCCUGGCUGACCAGAGAAACGGGAGAUCUCUGCUUCGAAUUUAGCUCCAACACCAAGUGUUUUGGAAUGGUCUCGGAAGGGUAGGGUUUCCAGACAGGAAUUGCAAACUAACCGUGACGCCACCACCUGAUUGUCACGUGAGCCACCCGCACCCAAACAUCACGGGGAAAGGUUUGCUCCAUCCUGGGCGAGGAAUCACAGACUUCGGCAUGAUAGGAAGUCUGUGACACACACUGGAGUGACUGUGCUCCAGAGCAUCGACUGAGAACUUUAACAACAGACACUUUUUUUUGUGAACAUACAAAAGUUUAUUCACUAAAAGCACCACUAAAUGAUAUCCAGUGUCAAAACUUCAGCAACCGACACAAGAAAGAAAAAAACUAUGCAGACAGAUUCUAACUACACAACUACAGCAGAGAACGCUAACUAACGACCUCCUAUUUCGAUUCACUACUUUGGCUAAGAAUCUCGUUCACACCGUCCACGACACACGCGAUCCCCUGAGGGUCCCACUGUAAUUCACCCAGAGUGCCCGCGGAUACAACAGACACACUUGACACACACACCCCUCUGAGGGUAUCCCGGAGAACUGACUUUGGAAACAGUUUUAACAAGAUAGACAGCCAUACCUGACCUUCCCCUCACUGUGCAUGGGAACAGGAGUUGCCGGUCAACUGACCAUUGGAAAGCACACGUGAGGGAGUGCACAGGACGCCAUCCCACCCUCUGAGUCUCUGCCAGCUCCCAGCAGAUUCACAUCAGUCCCAUUUCCCCCUUUUUUUUCCUCUCCUUGUUGCCUACUUUUUCCCAGCUGCCCAUCGACUCCCAACCACUCCCACUUCUCCUGGCAUCCUCCCUGGGGCUCCGUGCAGGAGCCACUGGACCUAACGGUGCAUUUUUGGAAUGUGAAGUGUUGGAGCCUGAUAGAAGAAUGUAAAGUUAUGAGAGGCAUGGACAGGGUAGAUAGAGCGUUUUUUCCCCUGCAGGGUGGAAAUGUCAAAUACUAGAGAGUAUGGGUUUAAGGUGAGGGGGGAAAGUUUAAAGGAGAUUAAAGUUUUUUUUUUAUGCAGAGUGGUGGGUGCUUGGAAUGGGCUGCCUGGGGUGGUGGAAGCAGAUGCGAUAGGGGUGUUUAAGAGACAAACACAUGAACAGGCAGGGAACAGGGGGAAAUAGACCACGUGGUGGCAGAUGUGGUUUAAGCUGGCGUCAUGUUGGUACAGAUAUCUCGGUCAAGCUUUUUAUCCAGUUUAGAACUAGCUUCCAAAGUAAGUUGAGGGUCUCCAUUACCCUUGUCAUCAGCUGCAGCUUUAGCUCUGGUAUUCAUUUCCGGCAAUUAAAAAUCAAAAUCGGUCUUGUAAAAGUGUUAUAAAAGUCUUGUUAAGGGGUGGUGUACAAGAAAUUAAAAGGUGAUUGGGGCAGAGCCAAGAUACGACUUACCCCAUCUAGCGCCAGCAAGAGAGUCCCGGUACAGAUAUCUUGGACCAAAGCUUCAAUGUGGGAGGAAACCAGAGCACCCAAGGGAACCCCACACAGUCACAGGGAGAAGGUACAAUGUCUACUCAGUCUGCACUGGGGGUGGUGAUCGACCGCCAUGCAACCCCGCGGAGAGACCUUCACCCACAAUGCAGUGGGAAGGAGGGACCCUCCUGUUCACAAGACUCGAGUCUCUCUAGCAACGAGCCCACUUCGGUGGGCUGACUGUGAGAAGCACAAAGAAAUCCCGUGACCUGAGAAAUCACCAGCGAGUUCACACUGGGGAGAGGCCAGACAUCCGCUCUGAAUGUGGGAAGGGGCUCACUCUCCCAACCGAGCUUCUGGGACACCAGUGGGUUUACACGAGUGGUGGGGGUGGGGGGAUGUUUCAAUGUACCAGAUGUGGAAUAUUUAAUCACCACGGCCGUUCAGACCCCAGGGAGGUAUUGGAUUCUGUGCUGGUGACUGAACCCUGGAUCUAGGUACAGAGGGAAAGACUGAAUGUCUUACAGAACAUUACAGCACAAUACAGGCCCUUCGGCCCACAAUGUUGUGCCGACAUUUUAUCCUGCUCUAAGAUCUAUCUAACCCUUCCCUCCCACAUUGCCUCCCAUUUCUCUAUCAUUCAUGUGUCUAUGUAAUAGUCUCUUAAAUGUCCCUGAUGUAUCUGCCCCCACAACCUCUGCCGGCAGUGUGUUCCACACACCCACCACUCUCUGUGUAAAAAUAAACUUACCCCUGACAUUCUGCCUUAUGCCUUCCUCCAAUCACCUUAAAAUUAUGUCCCCUUGUGUUAGCCGUUGUCACCCCGGGAAAAAGUCUCUGACUGUCCACUCGAUCUAUGCCUCUUAGCAUCUUUUACGCCUCUAUCAAGUCUCCUCUCAUUCUCCUCCUCUCCAAAGAGAAAAGCCCCAGCUCACUCAACCUAUCCUCAUGAGACAUGCUCUCCAGCCCAUGCAGCAUCCCGGUGAAUCUCCUCUGCACCCUCUCUGAAGCUUCCACAUUCUUCCUGUAAUGAGGUGACCAGAACUGAACACAAUACUCCAAGUGUGGUCUAACCAGAGUUCUAUAAAGCUGCAACAUUACCUCGCAGCUCUUGAACUCAAUACCCAGACUAAUGAAGGCCAACACUCCAUACGCCUUCUUAACAACCCUAUCGACCUGCGUGGCAACCUUGAGGGAUCUAUGGAUGUGGACCCCAAGAUCCCUCUGUUUCUCCACACUGCUAAGAGUCCUGCCGUUAAGCUGGUAUUCUGCCUUCAAAUUCGAUCUCCUGAAGUGUAUCACUCCACACUUAUCCGGGUUGAACUCCAUCUGCCACUUCUCAGCCCAGGUCUGCAUUCUGUUGUAACCUACAACCUUCUACACUCUCCACAAUGCCACCAACCUUUGUAUCAUCAGCAAAUUUAUUAACCCACCCUUCCACAUCCUCAUCCUGUGUGCACCUGAGAGUUUGAUCAAUUGACCAGCCUGUAGGGGUGGGCAAAUGUUUCCUUGGUAAAAAUGACUAGCAGGGCAGGUUGACGGUAAGAAAGGAAAUUAUCCAUCCCAUUGGGAGAAAAUCAAAGGCAGGCUGAGUCGAUCAAUGUCAACAUAGAGGCAGGCAACACAGAAGCAGGCUCUUUGGCCCAUCACCUCAAUGCUGACCAUCAAAGUACCCUUCCAUAAUAACCCUGUUUGCCCGCACUGUGUCCAUAGCCUUCUAUGCCCUGGUGAUUCAAGAGCUCAUCCAGAUGCUUUUAAACAUUGUGGGAUUAAAAUACGCAGCGUAGUGGUUAGCGUAACGCUAUUACAGCGCUGGGCGAUCCGGGUUCGAUUCCGGCCGCUGUCUCUGAGGUGUUUGAACUUUCUCCCUGUGACUGCGUGCAUUUCCUCUGGGUGCUCUGGUUUCCUCCAACAUUGCAAAGACGUACGGGUUAGUAGGUUAAUGUGGGUGUAAUUGGGCGGCGCGGACU